CAGAGGUCGGACCCGCAGCUUCUCGCCCAAUUCUACUAUGCAGAUGAAGAGCUGAACCAGGUGGCUGCAGAACUGGACAGCCUGGAUGGGCGGAAGGACCCUCAGAGGUGUACACUGCUUGUUAACCAAUUCCGCUCCUGCCAGGACAACGUUUUAAAUAUCAUAAACCAGAUCAUGGAGGAAUGCAUUCAGCAUGAGCGAGCAAACCGAGAUUUUUGUGUCAAAUUUCCAGAAGAAAUUCGUCAUGAUAAUCUUGCAGGGCAGCUCUGGUUUGGGGCAGAGUGCUUGGCUGCCGGCUCAAUCAUAAUGAACCGAGAAAUAGAGAGCAUGGCCAUGAGACCGCUGGCUAAAGACCUUACCAGAAGCCUGGAGGAGGUCAGAAACAUCAUCCGCGACCAGGCUCUCAGGGAUCUGAACAUGUACACCGAGAAAAUGAGGGACUCCCUUCGGCAUUUUGAUAUUCUCUUUGCAGAGUUUGAAUUAAGUUAUGUGUCCGCCAUGGUCCCUGUGAAAACUCCAAAGGAGUACUACGUUCAGCAGGAAGUAAUUGUCCUAUUCUGUGAAACUGUAGAAAGAGCCUUAAAGCUUGGAUACCUCACACAAGACAUGAUUGAUGAUUAUGAACCAGCAUUAAUGUUUACAAUCCCUCGACUAGCCAUUGUGUGUGGGCUUGUUGUUUACUCUGAAGGACCUCUAAACCUUGAACGCAAAGCAGAAGACAUGUCGGAACUCUUUCGGCCUUUCCACACAUUGCUAAGAAAAAUCAGAGAUCUUCUUCAGACAUUAACGGAAGAAGAGCUGCACACUCUAGAACGGAACCUUUGCAUAUCACAAGAUAUGGAGUUUCCUGUCCGGACUGACCCAGAAGUGCCCAGAGCAAUCUCUCCUGUCUUAAUUGCUGCCUUACCCUCAGAAGAACCACUUUCAACAAAACCUGAGAACACGGAGGUAGAACUGGCUUGCUCUAUGCAGUAUGAUGAGCAGGAGCUGGAGCAGCUUAAUAUGAUGGUCCACAGAGUUGGUGAUGAAAUGUCCUCUUUACUUUCUCCACCAAGUGUCUGCCAGUCACCUGCUCACAGGGCUAGCUCCAGCACAGAGGCCUCACCAAGUAGACGCCCUAGAGACCAACUCGAUGAUGAGGAUAGGGUGUUCUUCAUGGAAGACCUUGAUGGAGCCUUGGAUGGACUUUCUAGAAGAAGAACCUCAGAAAAUACAAGUGCUUGGGUCAACAAUUCCUGUUAUAACCCUAAGCAGACCUCUCUGUGCCAAGACACACUUGUACAAAAUGGGGAUAUGGACCAUAUUGAUCUGUUGAAGGAAGCAGAAAGUGAUAUAAGCAAUAACAACAACAUUGAUGGAACUAAAAUACUCAUGUCAAGUGCUACUCUGCAAAACUCUUGUAGUUGUUUAGAGAUGGCAGAAUCACAGGUAUACCUCAAUGGCUGGGAUGUGAAUGGUGAUGAUGCAGAGACAGCGGAAAUGAUUGCUAACAGAACUGGCGGAAUGAAAAUCUCGGCAACUGUAAUCUUCAAUCCCAAAUCAUGUGCAACUUCAGCGUCUGCGGAAACUUCACCGGAUUUAGCCUGCAGCCACUCCCCUCUUUCUUCAGACCCUUUAACAAGUCAUGAAGGGGAUGAGGCCCACAAACUUAGCUUAGCAGCCACAAACUGCCUAAUUAAUUCAUGCGUGUGUUGUGGUAGCUGUGAUGAUACAAGGGAGGACAGUUUGGAAAGCUUAACAGCUGUUUGCUCACCAGGUAAAGUGAUAAAUGCUUCCUAUAGCUUAAUAAAGUCCAAAGAGAUUGGUCAUUUAGAAAGACGAGAGUGUGCAGUGUCUGCUAAAGAGGUGUUGAUUGAAACCCCCCCUGUUUUGUUACUGGAAAAAGACUCGGGUAGACAGGAGCAAAGACACUCCAACUCUUCUAAGUGCCUGGCACAUACCUCAGGUUCACAAUUAGGGACAGACAGUGAGUCUGAAGAGGCAGUGGGGGCCUCAAGUCCACAACUGAAGAGAGUGUUGAGAAGGAAAGACAAUGACGGGAAUAACAGGCAAACACAACAAACAGAAGAGGCUAGCUUGGAUGCCACAUCUAAAGAAGACAUUAUAACUAGCACAAGGUAA